GCGUCGCAAUGAAAAACCACCAUCAGAGGGUAGGAAAAUCUCAUCAGUCUGUGUGAUUUUUCCUAACAAACAAUCCACAUCACCAUUUAAAUCGCAUUCACGUGGACUUUUUUUCAUUAUAAUUCUCUCUUUUUUGUUACCUGGACAAGAAGUCAUCUUCAUUUGUUCUUCCUUGGGGUGUGUGUGCGUCAAAGGGAAAUUCAAGAAUUUCUGCUGCGUUCGGGGAAGUGAAGAAACCCACCAGCCGUCAUUUGGAGCUCCGACGCCCCUAAAAAGUUAAGCCCCAAGAGUGGACGAGGAGUGCUCAACAAUGGCGUGCAUUGGAGAUUGCUAUGAUUUGGGUCCACCACCGGAUAUGAUCCUAUCAAUGCCUCCGCCGCCAUUGCCAUCCUUCCUAUUGCCCCGAAGCGCUCUCGCGUCCCCAAAUGGGAAUGAUUCUCAGCCAUGUUUUGCUGCUUUCAUGUGUGAUCCCAAUCCUGGACCGAGAGAACAUUCUGGGAUUGAAUUCAUUGAGCUGAGUCACAAGAAUAUGGGAGUGGAGGAUACAUGGUUGUUUGUGUUGAUCUCCUCGUGCGUUGGUGUCCUACUCCUGGGUGCCAUCCUCGCCAUGAUCCUCAUGAAGUGUCGAGAAUCCUACAACUUUUCCUAUCACGAUUCAACAAAGCCACCAAUGCCUGUAAUUGGUGAGCCCCAUUUGACACCAGCAAAGCCCCAUGGAAGCUACUUGACGGGGACAAUGUUCUACCCGACUGCUAAUCAAACUCACACCCUGCAGCAGCAACUAGCGCACGACAAUCGCGUCCUCUGGGCAGCCCUGACACCUCAUGGAACGCGACAUUUCAUUUCAGAUCCCUACCAGGAUGAUCACUAUGAAGUUGUGGACUAUGCAGCAGGGAAACCCGAACCACCGGCUCAUCAUACCAUCAAUCGUACUCCAGUUAAGUCCUCGUUUGAUAACUCCGGCUUUGUGGACUACGACUACGAGGACCCAACACCCCUCAUUGAAUCCUACCACAACAAUCUCGAUGAAAUAGACAUGGACUCAGGGUAUCAGGAGCCACAGGAGGUUCUUGGGACACUAUCACGUGCCUCCCCAAGGCCCCAUGUGAGCUCCCCAACACGAAUUGAACAUCCCAACAUUGCACCCCUCAAUCUCUAUCCGCACCACCGCAGCAAUCACAGCACUCUCAACAAGAAGUCCACCCUCAGUCGCAGGAUUAGUGAUGUGUCUGCUCCGUACCAGGGGAAUGUGUGAACUACCCACUGCAACACAUCGAAUUUUACUGCAACUGCCAUAUCAGACGACGCUGUUUCACAUCCCGAUAUACAGAAUUUUUUACCAACAAGGAUUUGCGACGCUGAAAAGAUUACUUGCUAAGAGAAAUAACGUAUUUCCUUGGAAAAAAAUCCUUUUAGACUAAAUUUUCUUUUGCAAAUUGUCAAACUGCUGAAACAUGUUUGAAACAAAUCCGUUUCAAACAUAGGCGGCGACCAACGGCGAAAACGCUAAAAUAUCCAUUAUCGCGUUAUACGCCAUUUUAUUUUUAAAAGCUGAUUUUCUUAUACGAAACAAUUUUCAUAAAUCCAAAGAUACAGAAAAAUGAAAACAUUAUUAAAAUCACAGAAAUAAUAAAUAGAAAUUCAUAUAGCAACAUGUUUCUUCCGGAUGCAUUUCCGGACAUCCUAUUGCGGCUGUAGACUGCAUAAAAAAUGGCUUGCGGGUGAUCCUGAAGGAUCAAAAUUAUAUACUUAUUCACAAUUAAAUAUAAUCACCCUAUCACUAUAGCAUUUUGCUACAUUUUAGGAGUAACAUAUAAAAUUUAAAUGAUUAAAGACAGAUUUUACGGAUAAAGGAUAAAAGACGUAGAUUGUAAGAAAUAUAAAUUUAAGGAUUUUAUGUGUGGCGGAAGAUUUGCCGAGGCGAUCUUAUGCACAUGGAUGAGCUCAAUCUAGUCACUAGAAAUUAAGAAAAAAAUAUUAUAGCUGUUGUCCGAGAAUUGAUGAAACGUAAUGAAAUUCAACAUAAAUUUUAGCUCGCGAAUCAUCAGAUCCGCCAUUCCUCGUAGUCCUGUGUAGUUUUUUUUUGAGGACGCCAUAUUGAAUCAUCAGCUUUCAAUUUGAUCUCAACAAUGUAGUGCAAUAACAAUGUAAAUAAUUUUAAAUGUAUUUUUAUUCCUAAACAAUGUAUGUCCCCGAAAGGAGUUGAUGAAAAAGGAUAUUUCGAGAAAAGAAAAUGUACCAGAGAAACGAAAUAAAUGUUGUAAACGGA